CUUAAAGUGAAAGUAGAGCCUUUAGUGACUGUUGGGGAGAUUACUAAAUAUUUGUUGCCCAGAGGUUAUAUAUUGGCAGUGCACUUGGAAAUAGCCGAAGCGACUCUUGGUGGACUGGCUAUGGGUGUGGGGAUGACCACUCACUCACACAAAGUAGGACUAUUCCAAGAGAGUGUCAUAUCAUAUGAUGUUAUCUUAGCAAAUGGCAAACUUAUACAUGUAACUAAAGACAAUGAGCACUCAGACCUUCACCAAGCGUUGCCUUGGUCUCACGGAACAUUAGGACUCUUAGUUGCACUCGAGCUUGAAAUCAUUCCAGCCAAACCUUACAUACACAUGAACUACAUCCCUAUGAGAGGAAAGAAGAGGUACUGCACACUACUGAGGGAACUAGCAGGAGCAAACAACAAAGAUAAACAUACUCCUGACUUUUUGGAAGCUAUAAUCUACAGUAAAGAAGAAGCUGUAAUUCUAGCUGGAUGGUUUUCAAACGCAACAGAUCGCUUGAAGGUGAACCAUGUCAAGAAGUGGUACAAACCUUGGUUUUAUAAAUACGUAGAGACUUUUCUGAAGAGGGGAAAUACUGAAGAGUUGAUUCCGUUGGAGGAUUAUCUUCUGAGACAUAACAGGUCCAUAUUUUGGGUGAUGGAGUCGAUGCUUCCUUUUGGGAACAAUGAACUGUUUCGUUUGUUUUUUGGAUGGCUUUUACCACCCAAAAUAGCUUUUUUGAAGUUCACAACAACACCAGGAAUCAGGAAGCUGACGUUCACAAAGCAGGUUUUCCAAGACAUUGUGUUGCCGAUGUCUAGUCUAGAGGAGCAGAUUGACCUUUCACAGGAGUUGUUUGACCUCUAUCCACUGUUGGUGUAUCCUUGUAGGGUUUACGACAGAGGAGAACUUUCAGGACAAAUACCUACACCAAACCCUGACUGUCUUUGUCCUGGAGCUGACUACGCUCUCUAUAAUGACUUGGGCAUCUAUGGAGUUCCAGGCUAUGUGAAGCGUAAGUUAGAGUACAACUCAACACAAGCUAUGAGAAAGAUGGAAGCAUUCACACGCAGCAUCAGAGGAUUCUCUUUCCUCUACGCAGAUAUCUUCAUGACCAGAGAGGAGUUUGAACAGAUGUUUGAUCUGAAAUUGUAUGACCAAGUGAGGAAAAAAUACUCAGCUGAAGGCGCUUUUCCCCACCUUUACGACAAAGUGAAGCCUGAAAUCGAUGUGAUUGCAAUUGGUGAAAACAGCAGCGUGAAUGAUUAGUUUAAAUUUACCAAGUGAAGUGUCGGAUUAUAGCUUUAAAUAUUGAUAAAAUAAAAAUAAGUGUUACGUAACUUAUUAUGACUUUCUGGGGUGUUUGAUGGGUAUUCCAAACAAUAAAAUAUAGAAAAUAAUUAUUAUAUAGUGGACUAAAAACUUGAGACAUAUGAAAUUAUAGCGAACCCACAUUAAAAUAAUAAUUUUUUAUCUUGUUCAUAUUUAAUCCCAGCCUUGAGUGUUUUUACAAAGUAAUUAUAAUUGAUAGUGAUACUUCAGUUACUUCUAAAGUACUCAUAACUCUUUGAGAUAACUGAAUCUAAUGGAUAAAGAUAAUUCUGUUUGUGUGUACUAUAUCCUACCAAAUAAAGUGAAUGUUUGAAAUGAUUUAUUUUGUCAACAAAUAGAUGUUUUCAAAAGGUGACAGUGAAAGAUAAUUUCAAUGUUUAUAAAAUGUUUGAAUUUUUGGACUGCAAACUUUUCUCGCUUUUACGAGUCUAAAUUUUCCAGCUUCGGACAAAAUUUAGUGAUGUGAUUGCAGCUUUAAAAGAUUGUUACAAGGAAUUUGAUGAUGGAUCUAUGACAUUUGAUCUAUGUUUAGAAGAAAUAUUGGAAGAAGAGAAGUCAAAAAAAUGUGAAAAAGCAAAAUAUGAACGCUGUAGGAGCGUUUAUGUCUGCACUGCUAGGAAGCUUGGUUUGCUAGAUGCUAAAGGGAAGUUGAUGCCGAAAACUCUCCACAAGUACAAAUGCAGAGUGAAUGACGAUGAAGAGUUCAAUAGAGUCUACAGGAUCUGCAGGAAAGUGGAAGGUUCGGGAGCUGAAGCGGUGGUGAAUGCAUUGAAGUGUAUUGUGAACACUUCUGCUAAGGCAAGAACAAAAGCAGAAGAAGUCAGGCCUUACUUGAAGAAAUAUUUGUGAAAAUAAGUGUUGUUCUAGAAUUAAUAAAUACAAGGAUAAUGGUGAAUAGCAAACAGCAUUUAUGUUUUGUUAAAAUCUGAUUUUCUGUUGUACAUCUGGUAUUUAAUGUAUUUUAUAGGAAAACCACAAUAAAAAUAAAAA